GUAAUUCUAAAAAAAAAGAGGACGGAAAUAGGGCAGACCGGAAGACCUAAGCUCCCCCUUCCCAGUCUCCGCCGCCGCACCAAUCCCCUCCUACUUCUGUAGGCAAAGGACCUUGUUCGUUGGUCAUUUGGUUUCCAGCAAGGCUGCGAUUAUUUUGGGGCACAGAUGGUCGAAGAUGAUACGUCGGCUUCUCAAUGUGGUGGUGAAGAAUACUUCCACAGGCGUCCACUCGGUGCGGCGAAUCGACCCGUACAAGCAUCUCUUCUACGAAUCGGGAGGUGAGCCAGCAGCAUCGAUCGCAAACAAGGCCAAGGAUUGUGCUCUGGAAAUGCAAACCCUUUCUCUUCCCGAGCCAUCGGUGAGCUUCUCUCCAUCCCCGACCACUCUGCCGCUCAUGGGCGGCAUGGAUUUGUUCGCGCCCAUGGGCGGCGGCGAAGGCAGGAUCGUAGGCGCCAACGUGGCCGGCGAAAGCGUGCUGUACGAUGCCGACGAGCGCCUCUUCCUUCUUCUGCCCUGGAUCAACGAGCCCAAGGGGUGGAACCCCGUGUGUCUCUCCAUCCCCAUACCCGGCGCCGCCGAGAACAGCCUCUACGUCAUGGAGAGGUACCUCGGGCAGUCUAUGGAUGCAUAUGGCUCCAGCGAGGACUACACCGUUUCCUGCUUCGAGGUCCUUGAGCACGGGCCCAGGACCGGCGGCCAUGAGGUGCGCGAAAUGCAUAGAGGCUGGCGCUGGCGGGUUCUUCGGCCGCCUCCAUUCGUCCUCGAACCAGACUACCAACCCUCCGUCAUCGCCUCCUACACAAGCAUGGUUAACAAGACCAACAGGUGCUCCUUUCAUGUGAGGACACGCGCACUGGCACCUAUUCCUUUGACACAUCGAGGAACGUGGAGCAAUGGAUGCACGUCUGGGAGUGGACUCUGCCCUUUCAUGGGGAAGCCAAGUACAUCCCUGAGUUCAACCUAUGGUUCGGCUUCUCGGCAGACGGCCAUAAACACUUGUGCGCUCUGGACCUUUCUGCCAUGGAGGAGGACAAACAACCACCACCCAUUCUGCAGCACUUUGAGGAUCCGAACCCACCCGAGGAAGAGGGCUGGUGUGCAACGUCUUCUGAACUGGUAUACCUUGGCGAUGGCAAGUUUUGUGUUGCCAAGACUAUUGAGGUCGAUGAAACAUCUGGUGAGGAGUUUGCGGUGCUCACUGGCGUACAGAUUUUGCGCGGCGAUGACAAUGGCCUCCGCAUGAUCAAGCACAAGUCCACAUGUUACUCUUUUGUCAAGGACAUAAUCAACUGGGUACUUUGACGUAGUACUGUUGGUUUUGUUAUGCAUUCGCCUGUUCCCUUCCUACUACUAGAUGACAGUGAUGUAAGAACUCUUAGUUUUGUUAUGCAUUCGCCUGUCCCCUUCCUAUUAGAUGACAGUCAUGUAAGAACUCUUGGUUUUGUUAUGUAUUCGUCUGUCC